UAUAAGCGGCCGCCCUGCGGCUCCCCUCGCUCUGGAGUUCAGGAGCUUCUCCAUCAGAGAGGGCUGUGAGGACACCGCAACCCGCUAGUUGCUGUCUUUUUCAAUCCCAACACUGGUUUCAUCUUGGAUGUUGAGUUGAAAGUUGGCUUGCCUCUUAGUCACUGAGGCAGAAGGUUGAUAUGGAUUGCUGCUUCUCCACAUACUUGAAUAUAUAAUCUCAACCAAUAAACAACAAUGGCUGCACUAUGCAGGAAGCUUACAACUUGAGUGCAUUGCUGUACCUUAAGAAUAAAUCUUGAAACCUGGAUCUAGAAGUCACUUGUAGGAUGUUUUGAGUUAGCUUCCCUGAAAACCAUUGCCCAAUCAGUAAAAUAAAAUACCACAGUUGAUGAAACUGAUUUCUGAAGUUAUUCCAAAGCACUUGGUUAUUGAUCUUGUGGGUGUAAAAAAAAACACAACACACCUUGGACAAGUAUUGCUGAUCAAAAAGCUGGCAGGCUGACGUGGGAAGGCAUCCACCUACAGGACGGACUUUCUGGCAACUGACCAUUUAGCUGUGGCAUACCCGGACCUCGUGUACGUGGGAUUUCGACAAUGAGCUCUGUAGCCGUAUUGACACCUGAAAGCUUUGCUGAGCACAGAAGUGGCCUUGAUGAGCAGCAGGUUAAAGCAAAUGUUGGCUCUGAGGAUGAGACUGAUUUGGUACCAACUUACAAGGAAGCAUUUCCUCCUCUCCCUGAGAAACCUACUUCUGGAGAGACUACAACAGAACCAUCUGGAGCAUGGACCAAAAUCCGACCACUCAAAUCUUCUCUCAUCACCCAGGUUUUUCAUGUACCAUUAGAAGAACGCAAGUACAAAGAAAUGAACCAAUUUGGCGAAGGAGACCAGGCUAAAAUCUGCCUGGAUAUCAUGCAGAAGACCGGUGCACACAUUGAACUCUCGCUGGCAAAGGACCAAGGUCUUUCCAUCAUGGUUUCUGGAAAGCUUGAAGCUGUCAUGAAAGCAAGGAAGGAGAUUGUUGCUAAGCUGCAGACUCAGGCCUCAGCAACAGUAACCAUCCCCAAAGAACAUCAUCGUUUUGUGAUUGGAAAAAGUGGAGAGAAACUGCAGGAGUUGGAACUGAAAACAGCAACUAAAAUCCAGAUUCCUCGUCCUGAAGACCCCAGCAACCAGAUUAAAAUAACUGGCACAAAAGAAGGCAUUGAGAAAGCACGCCAUGAAAUCUUGCUGAUUUCUGCUGAACAGGAUAAGCGUGCAGUUGAGAGGAUCAACAUUGAGAAAGUCUAUCACCCGUUUAUUGCUGGACCCUUUAAUAAGAUUGCUGGGGAACUGAUGCAGGAGACUGGGACUCGAAUCAAUAUCCCACCGCCAAGUGUCAUGAAGAACGAGAUUGUUAUCACUGGUGAGAAAGAACAGGUUGCACAAGCUGUUAACCGCAUCAAGAGGAUCUAUGAGGAUAAGAAAAGCAAAACCACAACAAUUGCAGUGGAGGUGAAGAAAUCGCAGCACAAAUAUGUUAUUGGACCCAAAGGCAACUCAUUGCAGGAGAUUUUGGAACGGACUGGAGUCUCAGUUGAAAUCCCACCCUCGGACAGCAACUCUGAAACAGUCAUCCUUCGUGGCGAACCUGAUAAACUCGGGCAGGCUCUGACUGAAGUCUAUGCUAAAGCAAAUAGUUUUACAGUAGCAAGUGUUUCUGCCCCAUCUUGGCUACAUCGCUUCAUAAUUGGGAAGAAAGGUCAAAAUCUGAGUCGCAUCACACAGCAAAUGCCAAAGGUAUAUAUCGAAUUUACUGAUGGGGAGGAUAAGAUUUGUUUGGAAGGGCCAACCAAGGAGGUGCAACAAGUCCAAGAGCAAAUUGAAAUUGUUGUGCGGGACCUGGUUAAUCGUAUGGACUACACUGAAUUGACAAUUGAUCCCAAAUUUCAUCGCCACCUCAUUGGAAAGAAUGGAGCAAACAUAAAUCGCAUCAAGGAUCAGUACAAGGUCUUGGUGCGAAUCCCCCCUGAUAACGAGAAAAGCAAUUUGAUCCGAAUUGAAGGUGACCCACAAGGAGUUCAAGAUGCUAAAAAGGAACUGUUGGAGCUUGCAUCCAGAAUGGAAAAUGAGCGCACCAAGGACUUAAUUAUCGAGCAUCGUUUCCACCGUACAAUCAUUGGCCAGAAGGGAGAGAAGGUUAAGGAGAUCCGUGACAAGUUCCCUGAGGUCAUAAUUAAUUUCCCAGAUCCAAAUCAAAAGAGUGAUAUAGUGCAACUGCGUGGUCCCAAAAAUGAAGUGGAGAAAUGUGCCAAGUUCUUGAAUAAAAUUGUGGCUGAACUUGUGGAAAAUAGCUAUUCAGUCUCUGUGCCCAUCUUCAAGCAGUUUCACAAAAAUAUCAUUGGGAAAGGAGGAGCAAAUAUCAAGAAGAUUCGUGAAGAAACCAAUACAAAGAUUGAUCUGCCAGCGGAGAACAGCAACUCUGAGAUGAUCAUUAUCACGGGAAAGAAAUCCAACUGUGAAAUAGCUCGUUCCAGGAUCCUGGCCAUCCAGAAGGAACUGGCAAACAUCACCGAAGUCGAAGUUUGCAUUCCAGCUAAACUCCACAAUUCCCUGAUCGGUGCAAAGGGCCGUUUUGUCCGCUCCAUCAUGGAGGAGUGUGGAGGUGUGCACAUCCACUUUCCCACUGAAGGCUCAGGCAGUGACACAGUCACCAUCAGAGGAUCUACUGAGGAAGUUGACAAGGCGAAGAAGCAGCUCCUUCACCUGGCUGAGGAGAAGCAAAUCAAGAACCAUACCUGUGAGCUGCGUGCCAAGCCAGAGUACCACAAGUUUCUGAUUGGACGAGGUGGAGCCAACAUCCGUAAGGUGCGGGAUAACACAGGAGCUCGGAUCAUUUUCCCUAUGGCAGAUGACAAAGAACAAGAGCUAAUCACUAUUGUUGGUACAGAGGAAGCUGUCAAAGAGGCUCAAAAGGAACUGGAAAUUCUCAUUAAAAACCUGGAUGAAGUUGUAGAAGAUGCAAUGACCGUUGACCCCAAGCAUCACCGGUACUUCGUGAUACGCCGUGGGCAGGUUUUACGGGAUAUUGCAGAUGAAUAUGGUGGCGUGAUGGUCAGCUUCCCUCGUACUGGAACACAGAGUGACAAAGUGACACUGAAGGGUGCCAAGGAUUGUGUGGAGGCUGCCAAGAAACGCAUGCAGGAGAUCAUUGAAGAUCUGGAAGCUCAGGUAACCAUCGAGUGCGUAAUUCCGCAGAAGUUCCACCGGAUAGUGAUGGGUGCCAAAGGCUUGAAGGUGCAGCAGAUUACCAAGGAUCACAAUGUGCAGAUUAAAUUCCCUGAACGUGAGGAGACCCAAGUAGCUGAGCAACAAGUCCAUGAGAAUGGAGAGACCAAUGGUGAAGUUAAGGAGGUCGAUCCCUCUGUGCCCCGGAAAAAUGACAUCAUUAUCAUUUCUGGGCGGAAGGAACGGUGUGAGGCAGCCAGAGAUGCUUUGUUGGCACUGGUUCCUGUCACUAUAGAAGUAGAAGUGCCCUAUGACCUGCAUCGUUACAUCAUUGGUCAGAAGGGAAGUGGUAUACGCAAGAUGAUGGAAGAGUAUGAGGUGAACAUUGCUGUUCCUCCUCCUGAGGACCAGUCUGAUAUUAUUAAAAUCACUGGACUGGCUUCUCACUUGGACCGAGCUCGUGAGGGGCUGAAUGAGCGGGUGAAGGAACUACAGAUGGAGCAGGAGGACCGGGCCCUGAGGAGUUUCAAGUUGACAAUCUCUGUGGAUCCACGCUAUCACCCAAAGAUUAUCGGAAGGAAGGGUGCAGUUAUCACCCAGAUUCGCAUCGAUCAUGACGUGAAUGUGCAGUUCCCCGACAAGAAUGAUGAAAAUCAGGAUCAGAUAACCAUCACUGGGUAUGAGAAAAAUACAGAAUCUGCCAAGGAAGCCAUCAUGAAAAUAGUUUCUGAGCUGGAGGAAAUGAUUUCUGAGGAUAUUACUCUCAACCAUAAAGUUCAUGCCCGUAUUAUUGGUGCCCGUGGGAAAGCCAUCCGCAAGAUCAUGGAGGACUUUAAGGUUGACAUCCGUUUCCCUCCGUCUGCGGCAGAGGACCUGGACCGUGUCACUGUGACUGGUCUCCCUGAGAAUGUGGAUGAGGCUAUUGACCAUCUCUUAAACCUGGAGGAGGAAUACAUGUCAGAUGUUGUUGAGAGUGAGGCCAUGCAGGCUUACAUGAAGCCAGCCUCGCGUGUGGAUGAACCAAAAACUUCCUCCAAGGGCUUUGUGGUCAGAGAUGCCCCAUGGACUAGCAGUACAGAGAAGGCUCCGGAUAUGAGUAGCUCUGAAGAUUUUCCGAGUUUUGGUGCUCCGGUUGCUCCAAAGACUUCACCAUGGGGACCGAAGAGAUUCUGAGUUGGGUGAAGGUUCCCCAGCUCUCCCCUUCCCCCACCCCACCCCACCCACCCCCAACUCCAUACGGCUGGGCUACCAAGAUGUGCUUCCUGUUUAAUUCCAAUUCAGCAGCCUAGCAAGUAAUUAGUAUAGCCAAAACUACUUCCUGUGUCACAAGUUUUCAAAAAAACACAAGCAGCAUGAUUAUAGGUCAGACCUGUGAGCCUCAUUUUAUAUUUAUGUAAUGGUGGCUCGUGUACCCCACAGCAUUCCACAUAUCCUGACACGCACAACUCGAUUGAAACUGCCUGGUGCUGACUUGUUUUGACGUGAUUUUCACACUCAGCAGCCCCAAUUGCAUCUCUGCACUCAGCAUACAACUUGCUCUGCAGUUUAUUUUGGAGUUGAAUUGACACUUUGCAGGGGUUUGAAGCAAAGACUGGGUGGGUUGUAGUCUCCUCCUUUGCCCCUGGAGCCAGCAUCCUUUUCCCUGCCUUUGCAGUUUUCCUUAGAGUGCAGUCACUUUUAAUCCUUCACUGCCUGUGGCUUUGGAGCCUCUAUUCUAUUGUUACACGUGUGCUUGGGACAUGCCUGUAGUUCUAACAAUCGUAGCAUUCAGGAAUGAUGGUUAAAACCCAAAUCCUAAAUUGGCCUUGUCAAUGCCAAUCUAAUGGACCCUCCAAAGCCAUUGAUAGAAGACCACUUUAAAGUUCAUGGUCUCCUUGUGGCUUCCUCUCAUCUUUGGGAGAAGGCUAUUAUCCACACUGUGAUAUUGCUUUGUCCAAAAAUUUGAUGAUUGAUUAAACUCUUGAGCACAGCGUGUAAAUGGAACUCGAUGGUCAGAGGCAGAUGAAUCCCAAGGGGGAUUUUAAAAAUAAUCAAAAACAAGCCAAAUGAAAUCACUUCAACUAUCCCACUGCCAAAGACUCUAACUUGCCAUUUGCAAAUGGCUCAAAGCUGGAGCAGUGACUGAUGAACUAGUACAAAGGGUGAAUCCUCAAAUAUCUACCCUGGGGGGUGUGUUUGUCUCCCCAAGUUUGCUCCUUGUAAUGUAGAUUUUCCUUUAUAUAUAAAGAAUUGGUUCCGUGAAGUAAAGACAACAAAUUAGAAUGAUGUUUUGCCCACCCUCUGUUUUACUUAGUGUUUCUGUACAGUUUUCGUGUAUAGAAAAGACACUAAAUUAUUAGACUUCUGUGCUUGUGUAAAUAUUAUAUCUCAUGUUGACUUUGGGCCAGUUAGUGCAAUUGUUCCAAAGAGCUUGGGAAAGGUGAAAUGUACAUUCUCACAGCAGAAUGGACAAGAUCUACCACUUGCAUUCAGAUGCAACAAUAUCAUAAAGGGGAAAGAUGUUUCUAAGGUGGAAUUGAUUUCCUCAUGCAGGUGUGGACUGCCCAAGUCAGUUAACAAAAGUUAAGCAGUUCUUCUCUUCCACCUCCCCUCCCCAAAAAAAACACACACACACUACAGAUUCAAGGCCAACACAGUCAGGUCGGUAUAACACCUUUGCUGGAUUUUUGUUCCUAGUAACUUGUGCAGUCUGGUUAACACCAUGCUGUCUGGUCAACCCUCUUCCAUGGCAGAAUAUCUAGAGAUUGAUGGGGAUACAGGGGUAGGGAGGGGAGAUCAAACCACAGGUUGUGCGAAGGAUAUUUUGUAGGUUGGGGGUUUUGCCCACCAACAUAAAGGUGGACGUGGUGACUGGGAUCCUUGUUACCUGAACAAGGAGGGUGGGUACAGUUUUCAUUUAGGGUCUGUUGGCUUGAGAAACUAAACUUGCUGAUAUCCAAAAGCAGGGAGGGAAAAAAAAAGAACUUAAACACUAAGGUAUUGGAAAUGAGGUCAUCUGAGUUUGAUCUUUUUGAUUUCUCUCCCUGUCAUAACUGGCUCCUAGCAAUCUUGCUUCACUGUGAUAGAGGCGCUUACAUCAGGACUUUCAGCCCAAAUGGUUGAAGCAGUUUUGUUUAUAAGACUGUUUUUCCAGGUUACUUCUCAGCAUGUUUUCUGUCAACUUCAAGGAAACCCUGCCUCGUGGAGCUCUUAACUAGUUGGUUCUAAAUAUUGCUUCCCAAUCUUUUAGAUUUUGGAGAGAUUGUCCUCUGAGUUUGCCAAUUUACUGGUUAUUGAUUUAACUGUUUGAAAGCUUUCUAGUUUGUAAAACAUUCCUGUCAUAAUGCCAGGAAAGGAAAAAUUCGGCCCUCUUUAAUGUUGUACCCCUUUUUACUGCAGCCCCAUUGUCAGGUUCUGCCUGGAGACGAGGCAGUAAUUGGUAUCUGAGUGAGUAAUGUAUUAGCUUAGUGCCCCCUUUGUGUAGAACUUGUUGCUCCCUGCCCCAACUCAUAUCUCUUGUUCAUGAUCUCUUUGCUGGCACUUUAAACCCAAGGUGAGACUACACUUACAGACUCCUUAGUUGUGCAAGUGCAUAUCUUAGACUUUAAAUUCAUAGAUCUGUUUUCAUUACCUGGGGUUAAAAGAAAAUUUGUUUUCCUUUUUUAUGAACAUGCUAAUCUUCUCAGGGCUUCUGUGCAAUUCCCUGGCACAGGCUGAGAACAAUGGCAAAGGCUGUCUUUUUCCUAACGUGGAAUUAAAAUACCAGGGUGUGUAUUUGGUACCAUGUUCCCUAGUGGAAUACAGCUCAGCCAGUGUUGUCAACCUGACAGCACACUAUAGAUUUGGUGUACUUUCAAAGUCUAUGUCCAAGUAUUAGGUGCCAUGUCUCUUUGUUUUGGUUAGUUUGUUCAACCCAUUAGUGUUCCAUCACACCUUUUUUUUGUUCUCUUUCUCCACCCCCCCCCCCCCCCCCCC